AGUCUGUUUCAGUUCAUGUUCUCAUCAUCAGCGUGGAAAGCUUCACGAGAACGACUGCUGCAAUGUUUGGCAUACAAGCCCAGGAUUGCAGAGCCACUAGCCACUCAACAUCAGCUACCACAAUUAGAAAUGGCCACUCAGCUGCUUGAUACCUUUCUCCGAGGCUCGCAGCUUAUGCAUCCCUUUCUCCUGGUCACCCACAUCGACGAAUCUUUUGACAGGGUAUACCGUGCCACAGGAACAGAGCAACCAGGAGCACAAGACAUGUUCACUAUCUUGAUGAUCUUCGCCAUCGCCGCCGUCACAAUGUAUCGGAAUGGCAAAAUUCGCGAGCACCCGUAUGGAUACUACUUGAGUGCGAUGCGACAUCUUGGUCGCAUUCCGUAUACCACUGGCAAGCAGGGUGUACAGAAUCUUCUGCUUGUGGCUCGAUUUGGUGUCUAUCAUCAUGUUGGUACAUCACUUUGGGAGCUCGCGCGCCAGUGUAUGAGGGCGUGCAUUGAGAUGGAAUAUCACUUGCCAUUGAUAUCACCCAGUAGUUUACCGGAUCUGGACAAACAACAUAACCAGCGCAUCUUUUGGGAAUGCUAUCUGCUGGACCGCUACAGCUCUACGACGCUGGGUCGACCUUUUGCGAUUGCUGAUCAUGAUAUCGAAGUAGAUCUGCCUUCGAAGAUAGGUCUCGAUACCCGCGCAUCUUCCGGUUCAGGCUCCACUCUGGUAACUUCGUCGGAUCUCUCUGUCUUCAUCUACAUGGUACAGUUGAGACAAAUAACCUCUCGUAUACGCAGCAAACUGCUUGCCAUGAGCAGUAACAGCCAAGAUCACUAUCGAUCGUUCAUGGCGACAGGUCAAAUCUACGCCAGUCUCCACAAGUUCCUCGCCGAGUUGGACCACUGGCGUACGUCAGCGCCAAGUUACGAGCAGCCCACAGGCUUGUACGAGAGCCAAGAGUGGUACGACUUUAUGCUUGAGAAAGACAAACUGUUCCUUAUGAGGGGUGGUGUCAACAUACUGUUCAAGAGCAGACGCGGCGUAUCACAGGAUAUUAUGCGACUGUGGGCACGAUGCGCUGUACGAGUCGUCGAGCUGUAUGCCUCUCUAUAUCGGACCGGGCGCGUCACAUAUACACGCAGCUAUUUCCAGAUCUUGUUCCAUGCUGGCCUCUCAGUCAUCUUUUGCGUCUCUUCUGAAGCCAAGAGCCGCACUGGGGCAGGUCGACUGAUUCCAGAUUUUGAUGCUACACUUUCGGUCUGUGGUGAUACCUUGGAUGCCAUCUCGGAGAAACUGCCUGACGCUCGGGGUUAUGCAGUGGUUUUUGAGUCCAUGAGGAGAUCGGUAUUCGAAAAUUUCUCAGCCUCUCCCACUACUACUGCUUGUCCAGCGACCCCUCGAGAGACACACACUACGUCACUCACUUUUCAAGACAUGGCCCCGAUAAUACCACAACAAAAUGAGGUCCUCAUGCCUAACUCCAUCCAAUCUCAAGGGCUACAUCCAGCUUCAGGGCCAGUACAAGCACCGGCAUAUCCCCAAUGGAUGCCUGAAUUGGACUGGACUGACAUGAAUUUUGACACUAUGCAGGGAAUGGAAGGUGGAUUAAACGAGUAUGCUUGGGGUGACCUCAACAUCAACGCAGACAUGUGGAACAGGAUUGAGCAUAUGAUUGAUGAUACUAUUGAUGACGGACAAUGA